AUGCAAGCUGAGCUAGACUUUUGCAAAUCCCGUUCCUCGAACAUUUGGAAAGAGUUGACGAGGACACAGGUACUAGCAAAAGUUUCUGGGGGCAUGGUGAGAGAUAAAAGAUGGACGAGCAGUUCGGCGUGGGAUGGACGAUGGGAGAGACAAGCGCCGAUGGGCGGUGGAUGCUGUGGAUGCGGCGUGUCACCACCCGGGCCACAGGGCCCACCUGGGCCAGAUGGAGACGCUGGAGGAGAUGGAAACCCUGGAGCUCCGGGACAGAAUGGACCCGAUGGACCUGCUGCCACUCCCGCACCAUUGCAUGAUUGGUGCUUCGAUUGUCCGGAGGGACCUGAAGGAUCAGCUGGAAAUCCUGGACCUAAAGGACCCAAUGGACAGCCGGGAAGGGCUGGAGGUCCGGGAGCCCCUGGAAACGCUGGACCUCGUGGCCCACCCGGACCAGCUGGAGAUGCUGGAUUGGACGGAAGACCUGGAGGUCGUGGAACACCAGGGCAACCAGGGAAAUUAUCGGAGAUUCCUGGACCGAAUGGACCACCGGGACCCCCAGGGCCACAGGGAGAACCUGGAGCUGAUGGGGAAUCGGGACAACCGGGACAAGAUGGAGAUGAUGGAGAAGCUGGGCCAGAGGGAGAGGCUGGGAAACAAGGAGGAAAUGGGCAACCGGGACGGGAUGGAGAUCGAGGAGCUGAUGGAGAGAGUGGUCCGAGUGGAGCCUGUGAUCAUUGUCCACCGCCAAGGACAGCUCCUGGAUAU